AUGUGUCUACCUGUAAAGCUGACAGAUGCGGAAGGCGAUGACAAGAUUCCAUCUUUCUUUUUCCUUCUUAUUUUCUGUAAGGAUAUCGUCUUUCUUCUUUUCGUUUUCUUUCUUGUUUGCUCUCUUCUUUUCCUUUUCUUUCUUAUUUGCUCUAAGGAUAACGUCUCUUUUCUUUAUCUUUUCUUUCUUAUUUGCUCUAAGGAUAACCUCUCUCUUCUUUUCAUUUUCUUUCUUGUUUGCUCUAAGGAUAACCUCUCUCUUCUUUUCCUUUUCUUUCUUAUUUGCUCUAAGGAUAACGUCUCUCUUCUUUUCAUUUUCUUUCUUAUUUGCUCUAAGGAUAACGUCUCUCUUCUUUUCCUUUUCUUUCAUAUUUGCUCUAAGGAUAACGUCUCUUUUCUUUAUCUUUUCUUUCUUAUUUGCUCUAAGGAUAACCUCUCUCUUCUUUUCCUUUUCUUUCUUAUUUGCUCUAAGGAUAACCUCUCUCUUCUUUUCCUUUUCUUUCUUAUUUGCUCUAAGGAUAACCUCUCUCUUCUUUUCCUUUUCUUUCUUAUUUGCUCUAAGGAUAACCUCUGUCUUCUUUUCCUUUUCUUUCUUAUUUGCUCUAAGGAUAACGUCUCUCUUCUUUUCCUUUUCCUUCUUAUUUGCUCUAAGGAUAACGUCUCUCUUUCUUAUUUUCAUUUUCUUUUUCUUAUUUGCUCUAAGGAUAACGUCUCUCUUCUUUUCCUUUUCUUUCUUAUUUGCUCUAAGGAUAACCUCUCUCUUCUUUUCCUUUUCUUUCUUAUUUGCUCUAAGGAUAACGAUAACCUCUCUCUUCUUUUCCUUUUCUUUCUUAUUUGCUCUAAGGAUAACCUCUCUCUUCUUUUCCUUUUCUUUCUUAUUUGCUCUAAGGAUAACGUCUCUCUUCUUUUCCUUUUCUUUCUUAUUUGCUCUAAGGAUAACGUCUCUCUUCUUUUCCUUUUCUUUCUUAUUUGCUCUAAGGAUAACCUCUCUCUUCUUUUCCUUUUCUUUCUUAUUUGCUCUAAGGAUAACGUCUCUCUUCUUUUCCUUUUCUUUCUUAUUUGCUCUAAGGAUAACGUCUCUCUUCUUUUCCUUUUCUUUCUUAUUUGCUCUAAGGAUAACGUCUCUCUUCUUUUCCUUUUCUUUCUUAUUUGCUCUAAGGAUAACGUCUCUCUUCUUUUCAUUUUCUUUCUUUUUUGCUCUAAGGAUAACGUCUCUCUUCUUUUCCUUGUUAUUCUUAUUUGCUCUAAGGAUAACGUCUCUCUUCUUUUCCUUUUCUUUCUUAUUUGCUCUAAGGAUAACCUCUCUCUUCUUUUCCUUUUCUUUCUUAUUCUUAUUUCUCUAAGGAUAACGUCUCUCUUCUUUUCUUUUUCUUUCUUAUUUGCUCUAAGGAUAACGAUAACGUCUCUCUUCUUUUCCUUUUCUUUCUUAUUUGCUCUAAGGAUAACCUCUCUCUUCUUUUCCUUUUCUUUCUUAUUUGCUCUAAGGAUAACUUUUUCUUUCUUAUUUCUUUUCCUUUUCUUUCUUAUUUGCUCUAAGGAUAACGAUAACAUUUUCUUUCUUUUCUUUAUCUUUUUCAUUUUCUUUCUUAUUUGCUCUAAGGAUAACGAUUUUCCUUUCUUUCUUAUUUGCUUUAAGGAUAACGUCUUUUCUUUUCCUUUUUUCUUUCUUAUUUGCUCUAAGGAUAACGUCUCUUUUCUUUAUCUUUUCUUUCUUAUUUGCUCUAAGGAUAACGUCUUCUCUUCUUUUCCUUUUUCUUUCUUAUUUGCUCUAAGGAUAACGUCUCUCUUCUUUUCCUUUUUCUUUCUUAUUUGCUCUAAGGAUAACGUCUCUUUUCUUUUCCUUUUCUUUCUUAUUUGCUCUAAGGAUAACGUCUCUCUUCUUUUCCUUUUCUUUCUUAUUUGCUCUAAGGAUAACGAUAACGUCUCUCUUCUUUUUCCUUUUCAUUUUCUUAUUUGCUCUAAGGAUAACGUCUCUCUCUUUUUUUCUUAUUUUAACGUCUCUUUUCUUUUCUUUUCUUUCUUAUUUGCUCUAAGGAUAACCUCUCUCUUCUUUUCCUUUUCUUUCUUAUUUGCUCUAAGGAUAACGUCUCUCUUCUUUUCCUUUUCUUUCUUAUUUGCUCUAAGGAUAACGUCUCUCUUCUUUUCCUUUUCUUUCUUAUUUGCUCUAAGGAUCGUCUCUCUUCUUUUCCUUUUCUUUCUUAUUUGCUCUAAGGAUAACGUCUCUCUUCUUUUCAUUUUCUUUCUUAUUUGCUCUAAGGAUAACGUCUCUCUUCUUUUCUUUUCAUUUUCUAAGGAUAACGUCUCUCUUCUUUUCUUUUUUGCUUAUUCUAAGGAUAACGUCUCUUUUCUUUUCCUUUUCUUUCUUAUUUGCUCUAAGGAUAACGUCUCUUUUCUUUAUCUUUUCUUUCUUAUUUGCUCUAAGGAUAACGACUCUCUUCUUUUCCUUUUCUUUCUUAUUUGCUCUAAGGAUUACGUCUCUUUUUUUUAUCUUUUCUUUCUUAUUUGCUCUAAGGAUAACGUCUCUCUUCUUUUCCUUUUCUUUCUUAUUUGCUCUAAGGAUAACGUCUCUCUUCUUUUCAUUUUCUUUCUUAUUUGCUCUAAGGAUAACGUCUCUUUUCUUUUCCUUUUCUUUCUUAUUUGCUCUAAGGAUAACGUCUCUUUUCUUUAUCUUUUCUUUCUUAUUUGCUCUAAGGAUAACCUCUCUCUUCUUUUCCUUUUCUUUCUUAUUUGCUCUAAGGAUAACGACUCUCUUCUUUUCCUUUUCUUUCUUAUUUGCUCUAAGGAUAACCUCUCUCUUCUUUUCCUUUUCUUUCUUAUUUGCUCUAAGGAUAACCUCUCUCUUCUUUUCCUUUACUUUAAUAUUUGCUCUAAGGAUAACGUCACUCUUCUUUUCAUUUUCUUUCUUAUUUGCUCUAAGGAUAACGUCUCUCUUCUUUUCCUUUACUUUAUUAUUUGCUCUAAGGAUAACCUCUCUCUUCUUUUCAUUUUCUUUCUUAUUUGCUUUAAGGGUAACGUCUUUCUUCUUUUCCUUUUCUUUCUUAUUUGCUCUAAGGAUAACGUCUCUUUUCUUUAUCUUUUCUUUCUUAUUUGCUCUAAGGAUAACCUCUCUCUUCUUUUCCUUUUCUUUCUUAUUUGCUCUAAGGAUAACGUCUCUCUUCUUUUCAUUUUCUUUCUUAUUUGCUCUAGGAUAACGUCUCUCUUCUUUUCAUUUUCUUUCUUAUUUGCUCUAAGGAUAACGUCUCUCUUCUUUUCAUUUUCUUUCUUAUUUGCUCUAAGGAUAAUGUCUCUCUUCUUUUCAUUUUCUUUCUUGUUCGCUGCGCAACUGCAAGUUAACUUUUUCUUCGUCCGAGGCGCAAACCCAACUCCAACUGCAACUUCUCUCUCGCCGUCCGCCCUGCAACUCUUCUGCCUGUCCGGCCUGCAACUCUUCUAUUACGUCCUUUCUUUCUUUUUUCCUCGAUCACAUUCUUUCUUUUUUCUUUUUUCUCGAUUACAUCCUAUCUUUCUAUUUUUUGAUUACUUACGUUCUAUCUUCUCCAUUACUUUCUUUUUUUCUAUUUUUAGCUUAAAUUCUUUCUUUUUUUUCUCGAUUAAUUUUUUUUUUCUCGAUUACUUUUUUCUAAUUUUAGAUUACGUAUUUUUCAUUUCUUCUUCUCGUUUACAUUCUUUCUUUCUUUUUUCUAGAUUACUUUGUUUUUUCCUUCGAUUUUCUCUAUUACUUUCUAUUUUCUUUUUUGGAUUUUCUCCGUUUCUUUCCUAUUUCUAUUUUCUUUGUUUCUUUUUCUUUGUUUGUUUGUUUGUUUCUUUCUUUUUGUCGUUGAUUUAUCAUAAAUCUUGCAUUAAUAGACUUUUUCAUUUCAUUUAA